GGUGCGAAAACGGGGCGUCGUUGCGGGGAUCGAGGCGGAUUGGGAGCACCGCUGCCGUCCUAGAACUGCAAAAGUCCGUGACAGGUACUCGGCGCGGGCACUCGUCACCAAGCCCUGUGUGGGAGCAGACACGCGCACAGCUCUGCUCUGCCGACAGAUGCGGCGGACGGCGACGGACGAGGGGGGAGCUGCCGCCGGCCCCGCCCAGCUCUGGCACGCGCAGCACGACGUGACGGCGGCGUUUGACGACGCCAGCGCCGAGCGGCGCCUGGCCGCCAGGGGGAGACUGGGCCGUGCGUACUCCCCGAACGUGGGAGACUCAGAUGGCAGCACCUGCAGCGACUACAGCUUGCACCGCCGUCAACAGAGGGCAGGCGCGGCGUCGAGGAUGGCGCCACUGUCCUCCCCUCGUCGUUGGAACGGUCGGACCCCGCAGGGCAGGACCUCGAGGCGCUUGGAGAGCAACGAGCGGGAACGAAUGCGCAUGCAUGGACUCAACGACGCAUUCGUGAGCCUUCGGGAGGUGAUACCUCCGGUCCGCGGUGCCGAGCGGAGACUGUCGAAGAUCGACACCCUGACCCUGGCCCGGAACUACAUCAUGGCGCUCACAAACGUCAUAUGCGAACUCAAAGGAGCAUCCAAGCCAUUCUCGUUUCUUGAUCAGUUCACCCCGACCCCGGAGGAGCAGCUGGAGGAGGCUCGGCCUGACUUCCGGCGGGGCGUGUCGGGCGGCGGCCACUGGCAAGCCGCCUCGUGAGGUCAUGCCCCGCGGCCGGCCGGGUCAGGAGGUCGUGCCCCGCGGCAGACAGCGCCGCCAGCUCGUGCCCCGCGGCCGGCCGGGUCAGGAGGUCGAACGCGAGGUGAUUGUACAAGGAAGCCGUCAAAACAGCGGGACGUCCGACCCGUGCCGAGAAACGACACCGCUGCGCCACAUUUGAGUCGGGCCGGAAAUUGUGGCUGUGCGGUGACGGACCCAAUGACCGUCAGGCAUUAAACCAAGCGUUUGGAAGUGACGAUAACGCAUGGAAGUCGAGAGGUGUGCAUUCCAGGAAGAGACCAGGCAUUAGUGUUGAUUGCUUUUCCGUUGCCGCGUGUUUCGCUGCGAGCGCGGUGUGGCACGAUGUAGUUACAAGAGUUUGGCCAAUACGGUUACUAUUCGUAUUUGGGAAAGCCAAUGAAUGAAUCGUAUGGCGUCGUGUGAGUUGUGUUACUUGUCUCUGUUUUGGGCGAGCCAAUAAAACGCAUGUGAAUGGUUUGUAUACAGACUACCGCCUCAGUUCGAUGCUAUUGCCCAAGUGUUGCUUUUUGGGUGGCUGUAUAGGUUUCAGUUGUAUAAAAGUUGGGCUGGGAUAGAGAUGACACGUCUGUGUCGUUUCCAUAAUUACAAUUCAUUUCAGGUUUAUAACCGGAAUGGUGGCAGUUAACAAGCGCUUUCCAAUGACAGGGUUAG